UUAUUUCUCAAUUUCACUCUCAAAAAUCAAUAAUUCAAUCGAUAAAAGUUGCAAAUGUAUCGAUUUGUUCUGUACAAUGUCAUCAAUAUUCUUGUCGUCUGGAUAACAGUUGUGAGCUGUUUGAAAUUCAAAAAGAGAGAAAACAAGAAAACACUGACGAAACCAAAUCCAAUCACUUAUGAAACGGAUCCGGCUGUUCUUGAGAAAGAACGUAAGCAGAAAAUCGCAGAAAACCGUUCAAGGAUGAGAAAGAAGCGCGAAAAACAGCUAAAACGACAGGAGCCAGACUUCAAAGAGUUAACUAGGAAGCUGGAACAAUUGGAAAUGCUCCAGGAGCAGGCAACCCAAUCAUCAAAAUCUGAAAAACUUCCUGCUCAAAAAAAUUCGGAGAUUCAGAAAGCGGAAAAUCAGCGGAUCGAGAAUAUGGUUGAGAUGAUCGCAAAAACCAAAACUGAUGAGAAGACUAGCACAACUCACAGCUCUGAAGAGGAAAUUGGAGAUGUUCAGUUGGUGGACGAGGAUCCGAACAUUGCUGUUAAAAAGCAAAUUGUCAAGAAACGGGCUCAAGAACUCGCUCGACAGCGCCAAUUUGAAGAGGCAUUGCAAAAACGAAAGGAUCUAGAGAAGAAUGACAGUCGCUCUUUCCUUCAAAGUCCCGAUGACACACUCAAGAACGUCUCCUCUAUCCAAUUCGAGUCACAAAUGUCCGUGAUCCAACGUAAGAAGCUCAAGAACAAGAAGAAACGUAGUUCAGACACGCUGUCCUGUGAUUCGAAUGAUAGUGGAACACUUGUGAAAUCGGAAUCCAACGAGCUGUACAUUUGAGAGAUGCCGGAGAAGGUUGCAAAAUGAGCGGAAAUAGAUCUUAAUAAAGAUUUUUGAAUUGGUU